CACGCCACCACACACGACCCGGCAUCUUUAUCAGUUAUGGCUGCAUGGAUCAGUUCCUUAUUAUUUUUGUGCGUGAUCGCGUCAGUACAUCUCAAAUACUUGAGCGAAGAUGAAGACGCAAAGCGAGAGCUUGCGGAAUACAUUCAGGAAACGAAAAAAAGCAUCAAUCCUCGUUGGAGGCUGCACUACCACGUCAUACCGCCGGUGGGCUGGAUGAACGAUCCUAAUGGUUUCUCAUACUACAAAGGUGAAUACCAUCUAUUUUUCCAGUACUACCCUUACGAUAGUGUAUGGGGUCCGAUGCACUGGGGGCACUCUGUAAGCCCGAAUCUCGUCGACUGGAGGGAAUUACCCACUGCCUUAGCACCGGAUGAGGAAAUGUGCUUCUCGGGGAGUGCUCUCGUCGAUGGAGACAAACUAGUUCUGAUGUACACGGGCCGCUUGAACACCGACACGGAUCCUUUCUACAAUGAAACACAGUACUUAGCUUUCAGCGACGAUGGUGUUAAUUUCUACAAAUAUGAAGGAAACCCAGUCCUGGCGCGGACUCCAGACGGAGCUUAUGACUUCAGAGACCCCAAGAUAUGGAAGUAUGGAGACUAUUGGUACGUAGUUAUCGGAAGCAGUACGCAUGAUGCACGAGGCAGAGUCCUACUGUAUAGAUCACAAAAUUUAUACGAUUGGGAAUUCUUAACGGUACUCGGAGAAUCCAAUGGAGAAUUAGGAUACAUGUGGGAGUGUCCCGACUUUUUUGAAUUAGAUGGCAAGUACAUUCUCCUCAUGUCUCCCCAAGGACUGGAGCCUCAAGGCGAUAGAUACAAAAAUACCCACCAGACAGGCUAUAUUAUUGGCAGCUUUAAUUACGAGACAUUUGAAUUUGUCCCGGAAGUAGACUUUCAAGAGCUUGACUUCGGACACGACUUCUACGCGACCCAAACCCUUGACGCUGACGGUAAGAGGAUUGUGGCUGGUUGGUUUUCGAUGUGGGAAUUGCCACACCCGGAAGACGUCGACGGCUGGGCGGGCGCUAUAACCAUCAUGAGAGAGUUAAAACUUUCUGGUAAUCGACUCCUCCAGCAACCACUUGAUGAAAUGUUGUCACUUCGAAAUGGAUCGGUACAUAAUGGCUCUUUCAAUAAAGAUGAGUCGCUAGUAUUCGAGAAGACAGGAGAACUCAUUAUCAAUGGUGACUUGGAACAGAAAAUUGAACUAGAGAUCGCGGGGACGAACGGUGGCAACAACAUUUGGAUCAGAUGGGAGCCGGAGGUCAAAAAGGUUGUGGUAGACAGGGGCGGUGACGUUAGACAAGUGGAGUGGAGUCCCAUCGGGUCGCGCUCGUGGAGGUUGUUCCUGGACGCCAGCUCGCUGGAGCUGUUCUGCGGCGAGGGUGAGGUGGUGUUCAGCACGCGCUUCUACCCCGAUGGAGACCUACGAGUGAACAGUUUUAGUGACCAGAGCCUCAACGUGGAAGCGUACAAACUGGGACGAAGCGUGCCUCGCAGCGCCGGACACCAUUCGAUAUCUUUAUCAGUCAUGGCCGCGUGGAUCAGUUGCUUAGUUUUCCUGUGCGCGUUCGCGUCAGUACAUCUCAAGUACUUGAGUGAAGACGAAAAUGCUAAGAAGGAGCUCGCGGAAUACAUCCAGAAGAAGAAGGCGAGCAUCAACCCUCGCUGGAGGCUGCACUACCACGUCAUGCCGCCCGUCGGCUGGAUGAACGACCCUAACGGCUUCUCGUAUUACAAAGGAGAAUACCAUCUGUUCUAUCAGUACUACCCCUAUGCCAGCGUGUGGGGACCCAUGCACUGGGGCCACUCCGCCAGCUCGAACCUCAUCGACUGGAGGGAACUACCGACUGCUCUUGUCCCAGAUAAGGAGCAAUGCUUCUCGGGAAGUGGUAUUGUCGAUAAAGACACCCUUGUCCUGAUGUACACUGGCCACGUCAUCACUGACAAAGAUCCAUUCUAUAACGAAACACAGUAUUUAGCUUUCAGCGACGAUGGCGUCAACUUCCACAAGUAUGAGGGAAAUCCAGUCCUCUCUGUGUCACCGAACGGAACAGCCGACUUUAGGGAUCCCAAGGUAUGGAGGCAUGGAGAUUAUUAUUAUGUAGUUCUCGGCAGCAAGACAACCGACAAGCGAGGGAGGGUACUCUUGUACAGAUCGCAAAAUUUGUAUAACUGGGAAUUUCUGAAAGUGCUGGGAGAGUCUCACGGAGAGUUAGGUUAUAUGUGGGAAUGUCCUGACUUCUUCGAGCUGGAUGGGAAGCACGUCCUUCUCAUGUCUCCUCAGGGAGUUGCUCCUCAGGGCGACAGAUACAAAAACACCUUCCAAACUGGAUACCUUAUCGGCAACUUUAAUUAUGAUACUUUUGAAUUUGUUCAAGAAGUCAGUUUCCAAGAGCUUGAUUUCGGACACGACUUCUACGCAACCCAGACCAUAGAUGCUGACGGUAAAAGGGUUGUGGUCGCUUGGUUCGCGAUGUGGGAGGUGCCGCAUCCUGAAGACGUCGACGGUUGGGUGGGGGCGAUGACCAUCAUGAGAGAAUUGAAAAUUUCUGGUAACCGCAUUCUCCAAAAACCUUUGGAUGGCAUGCUGUCGCUGAGAAAUGGAUCAGUACACAACGGCCCCGUUGACAGGAACGAGUCGCUUGUAUUCGAGAAGACAGGAGAGCUCAUCAUCAACGGUGAUCUUGCGAAGAAAAUCGAACUGGAAAUCGUCGGAACUAACGGAGGUAACAAGACCUGGAUCCGGUGGGACCCAGCUGUUGGCAAGGUAGCAGUUGACAGGAACGGCGACGUGAGGCAGGUGGAAUGGAGCCCAAUCGGGUCGCACUCAUGGAGGCUGUUCCUGGACGCCAGCUCGCUGGAACUGUUCUGCGGCGAGGGUGAAGUGGUGUUCAGUACCCGCAUCUACCCCGACGGCGACUUGAAGGUGAAUAACUUGAGUGACCAGAGCCUCAACGUGGAAGCCUACAAACUGAGACGAAGCGUGCCCGCUUAAUAAAGAUGUAUCCCGAUCCUGCAUUACUAGUAUUAUAAAUAUUGCAUUGGCUUCAAAUUAAUUAUGUGCGUAAGAAUUUUAAAUUGUU